AUGAAGGCCUGGCUUGUGUUGCGUAACGACCCAGAGGAGAAAGCCUCGAAUAACCCGGGCCGUGGCCACGCCUCUGACGCCACGACUGCAGAUAUGCAUCGUGCGCUCUUCAUACAUGAAGUUGUCCAGCGGAUUUUUUUGGGCUUGGACCAGCCUUCCUCCGACCUUGUUAGUUGUCUCCUGACGUGCAAGACGUGGUCUGAGAUUGCGUUGGAUGCUAUCUGGGCGACCAUCACAGAUCUCGAUGUUGUUCUGCGCACCAUCCCGUGUUAUGAACCUAUUGCCGACGGAUCAUGGACGUUCUCUCGCAAUCCGACCGAGGUAGAAUGGACGCAUUUUCAAGACUACAGCCGCCGCGUCAGGACUCUCAAUCUCGAACAUCGCCCACCAGGUGGAUUCCGUGGAGAUGUUUUCCAAGUGUUGCAUGCUCGCGCUGCCUUCAUCUCUCCCAACCAGUUCCUGUUUCCGCGAAUUCAACAUCUCCAGUUUGAUAUCAACCCAGGUCAACUUCCGGCCCGUUGGGCGAAGAUAUUUCUCUCCCCCCAGCUCAAGUCGUUGAUCAUAGACCGUGAAAACCAUGAUAAUCACCCCAAUGCCGCCGUAGACUUGGAGCACUUCUUUCGGGCCCUGCACGCCGUACGCGCCCGUGGAUUAUCGGAAAUUCAUGCUCCAAUCCUCAGCACUCCGAUCCUUGGGCUCAUCAUCGGUUUUUCAAGCGCUGAAAGCUUGCAGUCACUUGAAAUCAGCAUGUGCCAGGACGUCUUUGCUCACGGUGAUCAGGAGACUCACGCGGUUCAUCUUGUUCGCUAUGCGUGGAUGAUUCCUGCCCUCCAGCACCUGGUCGUUGACUUACAUCGCGCGAUAAAGCCGUCGCGAGUGGGGCCGGUACCUCCCGAGGUCUUAGCCGCAGAACGUCGCCGCUGUACUGUGCGUCGCCUUGACCUGCGGGGUCACAUCACGACACUCAGCUAUCUUUCGUGCUUCCUCCCGGACACUGAAGAGCUGUUGCUGGACUUCCAGGGUCGAGCAGACUCCCCUGCUGUCUGGUCGUAUUUACUGCAACACGUUCUGCAGCGCCGAACGGGCCGUCUUUCGCUCCUUGCCUUCCUCAUCAGCAGUAAACGGCAGGAACCCAUCACUGCGGACCCAUUUAUGCAGAUGAACCAGUUCCACACGGUACGCAAGCUCGUCAUCAACGCACCAAUUGUGUGGACGGACACCGUGAUUGACUGUUUGGCCCGUUCGUGUCCGGCGUUGACGCACGUGAACCUGUUAUGGUUGACCUACGACGUUCAACGGGACGACGAUCCUAGGCUGUCCGGCGCUUCUCUGAAGUCCUUCGCUCUCCGCUGCGGCUCGUUGUCGGCGCUCGCUAUCGGGGUCGAUCCAAGGCUCGUGUCCAUGAAUGACCUGGACCUUCCUGCAGGGUUUCGCGGCAAUGCGGGCUUGUCGAAGCUGAGGCUCGACACGUGGUUCUUCGACGAUGAAGAUGAGGACCCUGUCCAGUUUGCAGCGGUCCUCGACCGUCUAUUCCCUCGUCUGGGAGCCUUCACCUUCAUGAUCCCCGAUAGCGUGGCUUAUCCCGAGGAAUACGAGGAAUCGACGGAGGUAACGCAGAAAGUUAUAGAAGGAGUCCGCGCACUGCAGCAGGCCCGGGGGGUGCCUCCUCAAGACAUUAUUGGGGAUGAUAUAGAGCCGGAGGAUUGGUAUUGA